AUGGCGGGUAAAUACGGUACCAGCUAUGGUGCCUCCCUCUGGAAGAUGGUGAAGAAGAUUGAAAUCAGCCAGCAUGCCAAGUACACCUGCUCCUUCUGUGGCAAAACCAAGAUGAAGAGGCAUGCCGUGGGCAUCUGGCACUGUGGCUCCUGCAUCAAGACAGUGGCGGGGGGGCGGGGGCCUGGAUCACUGUCCGGAGAUUCUGGGAGCAGACCCUGGGUCGCUGGGGUCAGCCCCGAGUCUACAGGCGGCAGGAAUGCGGGUGUGCCUGCCAACAGGCCUGAGGGCUCCCAUCCCCAGCUGCUGCCUACCCUUGUGCCAGCUGUCCCCAAGAAAGUCAUCAUGAUGCCUUUCGGUCAGAAGAGUGUCCCUGCCAAGGUUGAGGGAGACCAUCAGGCCCAAGAAGAAGCUGCUGGGUUUCUCGUGCUUGGAGAAGGGGAGGCCCUUGCUGCUGGUUCCUCCUCUUCCUCUGCUCCGGUAGCAGCAGCCCACGAGAAGGAGGUUGCUGCUGGAUCCGGGAGUCCUCCUGGGAGUCCUCCCGGGAGUCCCCACAGAGCCUCUUCCCCUGCUACCAGCUCACCUGCACUUACCCAGUCUGAGGAGAGCUCCAGCAGCCAAGACGAGGCUGGCCCAAGCCCCUGGCAGUGCCUGCAAGACCCAGAGUCCUUGUUCCAAGGGGCACUGGAGGAGAAGAUGGCUGACUUGGUACGUCUCCUCCUCCUUAAAUAUCGGUUGAAGGAGCCGAUCACCAAGGCAGAGAUGCUGUCCCAUGUGACCAAAGAGUACGAAGCAUACUUCCCUUUCAUGUUCAGGAAGGUGUCUGAGUGCAUCCAGGUGGCCCUGGGCAUACACGUAAAGCAAGUCGACCCCGUUCGUCAGUGCUAUGUGCUCGAAACCGCCCUGGGCCUCACCUACAAUGGGAUGCAGGAUCAUGACAGGAGCAUGCCCAAGACUAGCUUCCUGAUCAUGGUCCUGGGCCUGAUCUUCUCGAACGGCAACCGUGUCUCUGAGGAGGAGCUGUGGGAAGCACUGAGUGUGUUAGAAAUAUAUGAUGGUAGGGAGCACUACAUCUACGGGGAGCCCCGGCGGCUCCUCACUGAAGAGUGGGUGCGGGAAAGGUACAUUGAGUACCGACAGGUGCCCUGCAGUGAGCCUGCUCGCUAUGAGUUCCUGUGGGGUCCCAGGACCCGUGCUGAAACCACCAAGAUGAGAGUCCUGCAGUACCUGGCCAGGUACUAUUCUGUGGAGCCCGAAUCCUAUGCAUCUCUGUAUCUAGAGGCUUUGAGAGAGGAGAACCAGAGGGCCCAACUGGGAGAUGCAGCCUGA